GCUCCGCAGGCGCCCGCUCGGAUGCUGCCGCCCGGCAGAGCCCCGUCGCACCGCCCGUGAGGCGCAGCCCGCUUCGCACGGCCUGGCCCCGCGGGACCUCCGCGCCCUCCGGGAGGACCGAAGUGCUCGGGGGCCUCCUCUGCUUCCCGGCCCGACAGAAAGACACCCCCUUUCUAUAUUUCUGAUGGUUUGGAUACAUUCCGCAUACUUCCAAAGGGAUCUGCCCACCAACUCGGGAGUGUUAGAGGAGGCCAGGAGAUCAAGCCUGUCAGCAGUUACUAGGUAUGAAGAGAAAAUGAAAGGACAUUGUGGCAUUUCUGUCAAAAGCAGCGCUGAGGGAUGCGAACACAUAUGGGCAGCAAGUCUUUGAUAAUUUCUGAGAAAAUGAAUUAAAAUUGAUGAGAAAUGAAAAUAAAAAAGAAGAUAUAUUCUUGUGAGUAGGUGUUUCAGAAUGUCUGAUGCAGAUAGUCAGUGCACCAUUUAGGUUCAUUGAUGAAGCAGCAACACCUUUCAGUCAGUUGUGGGACAUGCAUGUGUAGUGGUGUUCCAGCUGUUUGAGGAUAAUAGUUUAACAGUCCAGUUGGGGCUGACUCCGCAACAGCUGGAUGUAAGGAAAUUGGAGGCAAGACAGUUUAGGAGCCAUAGGGAAAAGCUGCCUGAUUUUACUACCAACUCUGUGCUUCCACAGGAAACUGUGUCUCGGUUGCACUGAGUUUCCUCCUAUAAUUUUCCACUGUUUCAAAGUCUUUCAAUUUUUCUCUUGUUUCUGGAAGAUGUACCUAUUCAGUCAUCACCCAAGUAGAGGCCUUAAUACUUGCUGAUUUGUUUUGUUGUUUUUGUUGUUGUUUAUUUAGUUGUUUGUUGUUUUUUUUUUAAAUUUUAUUUUUUUUCAUUUAUUUUGAGUGAGAUUUUCAUGCUGAGCAAUGGGGGUGGGAUUCAUCUACAUUAUAUAUCUACAAUCCAGAUACCUGCAGCUGCCCACACUGAUUAUACAUGGGCUGUCUGUGAAGGUAGCCCAGAGAAACCAACCCAAAGCUUACAUCGUAGGAGUGUACAUUUACACAGAUGAAUCCACUGUUUUGUCUUUAUAUUUGAGGAAUAAAUGUGGUUGCAUUGUCACCUGUGGGAUUUCAUUGUAGUAUUUUUCCCUACUGAUUUGUGUGAAAGGGGGAACCAUAUUUCUUAUAAACUGGGGAAAAUGGCAACAAACUGUGGUAGAACUAUUGAAUUUUCAGAGCUUAAUUUCUUUGUACUUAUGGUGCAAAUAUGCACGUUUGUUUGAUUUUCUAUUUCACUUGAAUGGGCAAGCUAGGGAGAAAUUUUCUGUGGUUCAGAGAGAACAUCCACUCUCACAGUUCAUAGACUAAGGGGGGAGACAGUAAGAGGAAAUGUAUACUGUAUAAUGUAUACUGUGGCCUUUGCACAUUCGGUUCCUAGCUUCAUUCUACCUGUAUAUGAUUCCUGAAGGAUGGCACCACAGCUAGUAGGACUGUAACCACUUUAUGUGAAAAAAUCCUCCACCUCUCUGGAUCUGUCUCUCUGCAGUACGCUGUCUUCGUAGUACAGGUGUGACAGCGACAGUGCAGUUGGUCUUGUCUGGCACACGCAAUGGGCCUGACUGCUGUAAAACUGAUGCAAGAAGAUGGAGUGAAGUUGAUUUCUCCAGAGUGUUCUCCAUAUUUUUAUUUUCAUUUAUUUAUUUAUUUAACAAGGAGAAAUAAUCCAUUUGAACAAAAGAAUUUUCCAAACCUUUUCUUGUCAGAUAGUCUUUGUGGUCCUCAGUCUCUCCUUAUUAAAGUAUACUGAGCUGUCAGAUCAGACCAAUCUUUUCUUAACGACAAAGAAGAAUCAUAAUACCAAGAAAAUUAAUCUUGUGAAAUGGUGUCAGAAAACAAUUCCUCCUAGAUAAAAAUUGACAUUGUAAAAGAAAACAACCAAAUUUAAGAAAUGUGGAUGGUUUAAGAAAGAGAAUGUUAACAGAAAGAGUUAAUCUAGGAAAGGAAGUAACGUUUCUCUUCCUAUCACUUAAGAUUUCAUUUGGCUAAAAAAUGCUCUGUAAAGCUGUAAUCCUGGCCCCACUGAAAGCAAAUAAGUGUGAUUUCAAAACUGGAAUCUCGUUGGUCCAGGCUGGAAGAGAAUCAUAACAAUUUUUUUAAAUAGCAAUUUAUGAACUAUUCAUCUUCUUUAGCUUAUUUCUCUGCUACUAUUUUGUGCUAUUGUGGCCUUGACCUCUUAAAUCUACAUUUGGAGAAAUCAUUGUUCUGGUUACAGUACCUCACGGCUCUGAUAUAACUCCUUCCCAGUCACUGAGUCAUUUUCUGAUUUUAGAUUUUACUUCUUUUUAGGUUAUUGUUAUGACUAAAUCCUACUGACUUCCCACAGCUCUUGUCACACUUUAAAGUGAGAAAUAAUGCAUUCUUUUAUAAAAGGGAUCAUGCCUUUUUCUUUUCACUCAAAACACAGUCAGAAAAUAUCUAGAAAGGGUUAAGAAAGAAAUGUAAAAAGUGCCAGGGAUAGGCUAAAUGGGAAGGAGCUCCUGCUGCAGCCUCUUUCCCUGGUGUACCAGCACUGCCUGAGACUGUAUCAGCUGUGUUAUCGACAGAAGAAUCUGUUUCCAGAAGGCUGACUUUUCAGAUAGUUUCAGCAAUGCAACACUAACGGACAAGAUUGUGUGCAGUGUAUCUCUCCUGCUGACUCUCACACCUCUUCCAGGCAAUGAACUAAUAUUUGCUACAACCAGAGACUGAAAUGCUAUGACUGGAGCUUUAAAUAAUUUGCCUUUGACGGCUCCAUCAUUUUCUGAGAACUUGGAACGGAUUUUCGGCUCAGCUUCUGCACUAUCCUAGGUUAUAAUGCCAUCCUUGCCUCAUGAGAGAGAUAACCAUGGGACUGCUCCUCUGACUUUGAGUUCGGAACUACCCUAUCAAAGCACAAUUAAAAGAAAAGUCAGAAAGAAGAAGAAUGGAGUCAUCACUGCAAAUGUUGCUGGCACAAAAUAUGAAAUUGUACGUGUGGUAAUACAAGAAAUGGGAUUUGUGAAAACACGUGAUGAAGAUGAAACAGCUAAUCUUAUAUGGAGCGAUUCUGCUGUGCAACAUGAAAAGAUUGCUGAACUACGGAACUAUCAGAGAAUAAACCAUUUUCCAGGAAUGGGAGAGAUCUGCAGAAAGGAUUUUCUGGCAAGAAACAUGACUAAAAUGAUCAAGAGUCAGCCUCAGGAGUAUAGUUUUAUUCCUCGAACAUGGAUCUUCCCUGCAGAAUACACACAGUUUCAAAACUAUGUAAAAGAAUUGAAAAAGAAACGUAGACAGAAAACUUUCAUAGUCAAACCAGCUAAUGGUGCCAUGGGACAUGGGAUCUCUUUAAUAAGAAAUGGAGAAAAGUUACAAGCUCAGGAUCACUUGAUUGUUCAGGAAUAUCUUGACAAACCAUUUCUUAUGGAAGGCUACAAGUUUGAUUUACGUGUGUAUAUUCUUGUGACCUCCUGUGAUCCAUUGAAAGUAUUUUUAUAUCAUGAUGGACUGGUGAGAAUGGGCACAGAAAAGUAUCAUCCCCCCAGUGACUCAAAUUUGAGUCAAUUGUAUAUGCAUCUGACUAACUACUCUGUCAAUAAACAUAAUGAACGCUUUGAACGGGAUGAAACAGAAGACAAAGGAAGCAAACGCUCCAUAAAAUGGUUUACUGAAUUUCUAGAAACAAAUAAUCUGGAUGUCUCCAAAUUCUGGAGUGAUAUUUCAGAGUUAGUAGUGAAGACUCUCAUUGUUGCCGAGCCACAUGUUCUUCAUGCUUAUCGCAUGUGCAGGCCAGGGCAAGCACCGGGAAGCGACAGUGUCUGCUUUGAAGUCCUGGGAUUUGAUAUUCUGCUGGACAGAAAGCUAAAACCAUGGCUCCUAGAGGUUAAUCGUGCCCCAAGCUUUGGAACUGACCAAAAAAUAGACUAUGACGUAAAAAAAGGUGUUCUACUAAAUGCAUUAAAACUUCUCAACAUACGGACAAGUGAUAAAAGAAGAAAUUUAGCUCAACAGAAGGCCGAGGCUCAAAAAAGGCUGUAUGGUCAAGGUUCAAUGAAAAAACUGUUGCCAGGAUCCUCAGACUGGGAGAAGCAGCGCCACACACUGGAAAGGAGAAAAGAAGAACUGAAGGAAAGACUUGCACAAGUACGUAAACAGAUUUCCAAAGAGGAGCAUGAAAAUAGACACAUGGGGAACUACAGGCGAAUUUAUCCUCCAGAUGAUAAGACGUUACUUGAAAAGUAUGAGAGUUUGUUAACCGCCGCUUUCCAGACAUUUCUUGCUGGGAGAGCAGCUUCACUUCAGCGGGAAAUGAAUAACCCUUUAAAAAGAAUGAAGGAGGAGGACAUUUUGGAUCUUCUGGAGCAGUGCGAAAUAGAUGAUGAAAAACUAAUGGGAAAAUGCACGAGGCAGCGAGGACCUAAGCCAUUGUAUUCAAUGCCAGAAAGCACACAGCCCUUAAGAAAACUCAAGAACUACAAUAGCGAUAGCAGCUGUGAUAGUGGUAGCAGUAUGUCGGAAUCGGGAGAAGAAACUGAAAAGGAAGAUCACAAUGAAAAAAAAGAGAAGAAAGUUUCAUAUGAUCUUGAAGAAAAUAAAGAAAAAUCUUUGGAACGUUCGGGUAGAAUGAACUGGAAGCCUUUGAUUAAAAAUAUAAAAUCUCCAUCAUGUUCACCCCCCACCUCAUCCACAGGUCCAAUAAGGCGUUCUGUAAGCUGCCCUCGUUCGAUAUCAAUACUGACUAUGCAGUCACAGGCAGCAGAGCAACGUCCCUUUUCAGCCAAAACACCUCUGCAAAGCCAGCGUGCAUCCUCAGUGAACAGGUCUCAUUCUUUAAAUCGAAGCCCAUCUUCAGCCAGAGUCUCUCAGACACCCAGUUUGGGAGCUAUGAACUCAUCGGGGAGUGAGUCUUUGCUGCAACAGAAAACAAAAGAGCAAGAAGUUGCUUUGACAAAAGAGACUCUUCUCAUUAUCAAUGACAUGAGAAUGAGGUUCCCGGGAAAAACAGAUGAAGAAUCAGAACUAAUUAUAGAAGAUAUUAUGGAUAAUUGGAAGUAUCAUAAAACAAAAGUGGCAUCCUAUUGGUUGGUAAAACUGGAUUCUGUGAAGCAACGAAAAGUUUUGGAUAUAGUCAAGAGAAGUGUUCGUGCAGUUCUACAGCGUGUCUGGAAGGCUCCAGACAUUGAAAAUUUACAUCUGUACCGUCUCUUCAACCGUGUAUUUAAUCGUUUACUUUGGAGCCACGGUCAAGGUCUAUGGAAUUGUUUCUGUAAUUCAGGGAGCUCUUGGGAAACCAUAUUCAGUAAAAGCACAGAGGUGGUGACGCCUGAGCAACUCCAGUGUUGCCGACGAAUAGUACAACUUUGUAAACACUGCCUGCUGGUGGUUUACAAAUAUUCAUCAGAUUCAAGAGGAUCCCCAACUGGGAUUAGCCCCUACUGGGAUGAUACAAGGUAUUUAUUGUCAGGACCUUCACUGUUCAUCAUGAAAUCAUCCUCGUCCAACCUUAGCUGCAGUUCAUCUGGAAUGCCUCGCCAUAACAUUUUGUUCACACACAGAUACAGUCAUUUGUGAAGCAAAAGGAAAGUUGCUGUUCUUUGUAAAUAAUGACACUCCAUGUAUUUUUUUUUCAAAUUAAAAUUUGUCAUGGAGCUAAAUACAAGCACUGUUAUAUAAUUGCUACCAUAUUAUGAUAAAAUUUAGCUGAAAACCUACUGUAAAAGCAUAGCUUUUCUGGGAAACAUAAUAAACCUUGUUAAGUUGUUUACACACACAUGUGAAUGUGUAGAUCUUGCUAGGUUUAUAAGUAAUUCCUUCCUACUAGAAAUGUAAUUUUUGCUGCAGAAUAUAUAAAAUGGAAUUGAUCUUGAAGAUCCUAUUACAGUGUUACAUUAUUUUGUAAGUAAAAUACUUUGACUUGAAUAUUAUUUAUUGUAAAGUUAUAUGAUUUAUUGUCUCAAAUGUAAUUUAUCCUUUAAUAAGGAAGAUGAUUUAAAAACUGUAGUAGAACAGUAAAACUGCAACUGUCAUCAAAAUAAUCUGACCAUUUCUUAGACAUGUUUAAAAUAAUCCCCAAAACUCUUUAAGCCAAACCUGAGGCAGACAUAUUUUUAUUUCUCCUCUGAAAUUACAAGAUCUAUUUAAUGCUGCUAUUUUUCUUAAAGGAUGUGGUAUAGUAUCUUUUAGCCAAAGUGAAGGCAUCUAGCACAUAAACAGUAAAAACAUCAGUUUAGGCAUUCAGUGUCUAAUUGGAUUCUUGUACUAAAGUGGAAGCCAAUGUUUGUUACCAGUUUUUCACUCCCAUUACCUAUGUCCUGUGCCUUUAGGUUUCCUUUGGGAGCAAGCAGUCACCUCUGACUUGCACAGGCUUGCAUAGUGCAUAGUUUUUCUGUUUCACUGCACAAGUGGAAAAGCAGACAUUUUUAGGAAAUACUGCAGCUGUAAUGUAUUAUUUCAACCGUAAACUAAUUGGUUUCUUGUAGUUUCUAACAUACAACCCAGUACCUAUGCUAGAAUGUCUCCUUGCAAUGGACAGUAUUUUCUAGAUUGCUGACACCUGUAAAUGUUGGAAAUCUAAUUCAUUAGAAAGCCUCCAUUCAGAUUCAGCUUCCUGGGUCUGGCUGAAGGGCACAAAAAGAAAUGAGCCAGAGCAGGAAUCUACUAUUAACAGGACUUGUAACCUGAAAGCAUCAUUCAGGUUUUGGUACACCAAUUCAUUCCACUCAGCAUUGUGCCAUAUGAGCCUUAUUCAUUACAGAAAUAAUUAUUUUAAAAAAAUCAGUUAAUCUAGAUUUAAAAAUGAAUUUUUUUAACUGAGUAAAGAAAAGAGUAGUAAUUAUUUACCAAAGACUUGUUUACUUACCAAUCAUGUAACCCUGGAACGUGUUUGUAAAUUAUAGAUAUAUUUCAGGUAUACUUAAAUGAAUAAUUUGGGGACUAAUUAUCCUCAAGAGCAAGUAUGUUAGAGGUUUUUGAUAUCCAGAGACUUAAGACUAAUUUAAGACACUUAAGAAAUUUGAGACUGAAGUUGUCUGGAAAGGAUUUUUAAAAAUUUUAGUCACAGCAUAUAAAAACUGGGAAUUUGGGUGAGAUUUUUGAUGCUUGUGCUGUAGUGCCUCACCUCUAGAACUGCAGGAUCUACGAGAAUGAGAGACUAUUUGUAAACAAUUAAAAACAUCUCUUGGGAUUAGCCAAAUAUAAGCAGUCUUCUGGUCUGGAAAAGUCGUUUUCAUUUUUUGUGGUAAUACUAGUUUAGUAAUAGAGUAUGUUCACAUUAACUGUGUAUUUCUUUUGGUCCAUAAAGUGACUACUGAUAAAGCAUACUGUGGUUAUCUGUGAGACCUAAUAAAAGCUGUAAUUUCUCUUGG